AUGGUGGCCAAGAGCGACUCGAAUACCGCAGUCGCUAUAUCAAGCAAAUUAGCAUCUGAGGUAUACGACCUAGACCUUUUCGCCACGAACAUUCAAGAUCAAAAAGACAACUCGACUCGCUUUCUCAUCCUUAAGAAUAGUAGAUUGCACCCUCCCAAUGACCGUUUUGUUAAAGACGACAGGUGCAAAGCACUUUUAUCUUUCAGCAUCAACCAUGAAUCACCUGGAUCACUGGCCAAGGCACUCGAUAUUUUCAAACAACAUAAUCUGAAUCUUACCAGUAUCAAUAGUAGACCGAGUCGUCAGAGACCAUGGCAUUACAUUUUUCUUGUAGAGUUCGAAUUUGAAGUGUCUGCUGAUGGAACUGAAUCGGAAAUUGAGACCGCACUAAAAGCUUUAGGCCAUGCUCAUGGCAAAAUUGAUUUCAUCAUUGUCUUCGCGCAUCUUUUCACAUGGUCCAUGGCGCUUGGUUCUCAAUAUUGA